UUCAAACUACAAACCCGCCAAGGCUCCAAAACCUAGCCCAAAACUGUACUUUGGCGGGUUUGUACUUUGGAAACCCCUUAGGGCUUUAAAUUAGUAGCUCAAUCUGGUGGAAAAACACACCAAUCUGGCAACCCUGGGUUCCACAGAAGUGGUGCUUGUACCUAAGCAAUAAAGGCAGGCAAGUAUGCAGCAGGAGGGGCUGGGCGGGGAAGCUACUGUGCGUGCCUAAGGACAUAACAGAGAAAGGGGUGGGGUUACAGGAAUGGAAUGAACAAUUUGCCUCAGGGACUUUCAGGGACUACAGGUCCCAAACGCACAUACGGGGAAGGUAUCAUUCCAGCUGGGGGCUGCUGUAUACAGGAACUGCCCUACACCGCUCAUGUAGCUGUGUUUAUAUAUCGGAACUGGAGCAGACAAAUCCUUCCCUAUGGACUUAAAGCGACUCAUGUGGGAGAUCUGCGUAUGUGUGUGGUGCUGAACAGUUACUUUCAGUCUGCGCUGGGAGUUCGGAAUACACCCCCCCCCAAGUAACAGGUGCACCCCUGAGUUUUAGAUUGGAAUACGCCGCAUAAGGAACAGACGGAACAGACUUGUGUUGCUAUUUCAUCUCAGGACCAUUAUUUGGAGCAGGGGAAGCUCUUUGUGGCUGCUGAUACUUUGUACAGGUGCGACCCAUAGUCAGAGCCGCCGGGUGGUAUCGCCUGCGACCCCAUGGGCUCCUCGCAGGAAUUAACGCGACUUCAGAGCUUGUUCUCAGCGUGCGAUGUGAGGGGCUCCGGGCUGGUGGAGCUGGAUGACUUCGCCUCGGUGUGCACUGAUCUGGGGGUGGAACCCAGCCUGGUGGAGCCGCUCUUUCGGAUGCUGGAUGUGGAUGGGGACGGAAUCAUUGAUUUCCAAGACUUCGCAGCGGGAUUCGAGGAGGUCUCCCAAACUCUCAACCUGCAGCCUUCCCAUCAGCCCCCCGCCUGGGAGGAGUUUGAGGGCAGGUUGAGGGGAGAGCUGCAGCACCUGAGCAGUUCUACAAAAGAGUGGUUGUAUGGCUUUUACCAAGAUCUGCAGGGGAUAUCUGUUCCGGGACUCAUUCAGCAGUAUGAGAGACUGGUUGAGAAUGUGUUCUAUGAUUUUCGGGCUCAAAGGCUCAACAUUGAGAAGUUGGAAUCUGUACUUAAAAGGACUGAAGGGGCAACAGCCAAGCAGAUUGCAGAAAUGGAGGAAGAUUUACAGCAUCACCUUACCAAGAUGGAGAGACAGAUACAAGAUGAGGAGUUGCUGCGGCUGAACACUGCUAUCCAGGAACUACAAAGAAAGCAUGAGAUGGAAACCCUCAGCCUGCAGACAAAGAUUGAUCGCAUGACAAAGCACAAGGAUGAACGGCUGGCAAUGGAAUCCAAGGAGGAAAGUGCUAAGCUGAAAAACCAGAUCUUUGACCUUUCACAGGAGAACGAGGAGCUGAAGAUGAACCUGCUUAGAGCACAAACGGACAUCUCUCUGCUGCAGACAGAAGUGGACAGACUGAAGGACUACAUGGCUGAUCAGCAGUCGCACCAUAACAGAGAGAAGGACCUGCUGAAUAGUAUGGUAGAGGAACGAAGAACAUUUGCAAACCAAAUUCAGAUACUAAAUGAAGCCAACAAAUCUCUGUAUGACAAUAAUGACAGCAUGCGCUCUACUCUCACCAAUAUGGAAAAUGAAAGGAAACGGCAUUCUUCCCCCAGUCGACUCAGCGAACCCUCUGUGAUCACCUACAGUAGUUUUACAGCAGAUGAAGAUCCCUACAGGAAAUUCUCUGAUGUAGCCACUUGGGCUGACAGAUGUAUAGACAGUGGGGUAUCCCUGCCACGCAGUGUGGGCUACAGUGAUGUGGACAGUGAAUUUGGAAGUGAGCAUAGCAAUAGCUCAGAGGAACGCUGGAAUGGAAGCAUCCAUUAUGGAAACUCAGAAAUUGAGUCAGAAGUAGAUGGAAAACUAAAAUGGAGCCCGUCUCGCCCUUUAAGCCGUGCUGAGUCUUCAGCUUCAUCUAAGAGAAAGCUUCCUGCCUUUACACCCAGAAAACAGGGGGUGCCAUCAGAAGAGGUUUCCCAGGCGUCCAGCCCAAUAUACAGACUUGUGCUUGCUGGUGAUGCUGGUUCUGGGAAAUCCAGUUUCCUUCUCAGACUGUGCCUGAACGAGUUCCGGGGAGACAUUCCAACAACAUUAGGUGUUGAUUUCCAGAUAAAGAAGCUCCUGGUUGAUGGAGAUCACACAACAUUACAGAUCUGGGACACAGCUGGCCAGGAGAGGUUCCGCAGUAUAGCCAAGUCCUAUUUCCGCAAGGCUCACGGCGUUCUGCUGAUGUAUGAUGUUACCUCUGAGAGGAGCUUCCUUAAUGUGCGACAGUGGAUAGACGAGAUCAAGAACUCUUCUGACAAACCCAUUCCUAUGAUGCUCAUUGGCAACAAAACAGACAUAAGGACGGAAUUGGAUGGCAUUCAGACUUCAAUGGGGGAAAAGUUGGCCAUGGCUUAUAGCUCCCUCUUCUGUGAGACCAGUGCAAAAGAUGGCACCAAUGUCGUAGAAGCUGUUCUGCACCUUGCUAGAGAAGUGAAGAAAUGUACAGACUUGGAAGGAGAAAACAAGGAGCCGGUGACGUUGCUCAGCAUUCAGGACAAGAAGGCCAAUUGCUGCAAGAUAUAACUUUGUCCAUAAACUGAAUCACAUUGGCCAGAAAUCAAGCUUUUAAUAUGAAGGAUUGCUAUACGUCUGAACCAGAUUUCACUGUAAAGAUUGCACUUUUGAGAAAAGCACAUGCAAAUUGAAGAUUGGCACUGACAGCCUUGGGCUAAACCAAGAAAAAUGGCUGCACGGGAGCACAAAGCCAUUAGGCCUCUUACGAUUAGAUCAUUCUCUUCACUGCCGGCAAUUACACACAAACUCCACAGAACUUGAAUAUUUUAAGAAGCUAGCAAAGAUCAUUUCGAAUGAUAUAAAUUUUCCAUGUAAAUAUUUUCAUUUUAGUACUUAAGGUUUUGCCACGCCAGAACAAACUCAUCGGAGCAUAGCAAAACAGUCAGCACUCCUCACGCCUCUAUGAGGCAUUUAAUGUACCUACUGCUAUAUAAGUAUUUACUGGGGGUUACACGCCCCACCUUGAAUGUAUUUCUGUGAAUUUUAAUGGACUGUCUAAAAAGGGAGAAAAAAGACUGCAAAAGAAAUUGUACAAUGCAGCUUUACUGCAUUACAUUGGAUUUUUUAAACUAUUAAUAAAUAUUUUAUUUGUUUAAAAAUA